GUAAUGAAGACGUCAUUUCCCCCUGUCAGCUCGAACACUUCCAGGAGAAGAAGGAAGAAAACAAGAGGACGCAGAACCAACAAAAACAACCUGAAACGGUCACUUUAACUUAAACCCUUUUAACAACCAAGACCUAACGAAGUCACUAUGUUUUCCUUCCAUCAUGUGUUCGAUCACCCGAUGGCCCGGGGCUUUCCGAACCGCUUCUCCACUCAGUACCGCUGCUACUCGGUGUCCAUGCUGGCUGGACCCAACGAUCGCUCUGAUGUGGAGAAAGGAGGCAAAAUAAUUAUGCCACCUUCUGCGCUUGAUCAGCUCAGCAGGCUUAACAUCACCUAUCCAAUGCUGUUCAAACUCACCAACAAGAACUCAGACAGGAUGACCCACUGUGGAGUUCUGGAGUUUGUGGCAGAUGAAGGAAUCUGUUACCUUCCACAUUGGAUGAUGCAGAAUCUUCUCCUGGAAGAAGGCGGUCUAGUUCAAGUGGAAAGUGUCAACCUUAUGGUGGCCACAUAUUCAAAGUUUCAGCCACAGAGCCCUGACUUCCUAGACAUAACAAACCCCAAAGCAGUUUUAGAGAACGCUCUGAGAAACUUUGCCUGCUUGACGACUGGUGAUGUCAUAGCCAUAAACUACAAUGAAAAGAUCUACGAGCUGCGGGUUAUGGAAACCAAACCCGACAAAGCUGUAUCCAUCAUCGAAUGUGACAUGAAUGUGGAUUUUGAUGCUCCUUUGGGUUACAAAGAGCCUGAGCGACGGACUCAGAACCACGAUGAACCGACAGAGGAAGAAGGAGAUGCCAGUAGUUAUGCCGACAUGGACACAGGAUUCAGAGCUUUUACUGGCUCUGGAAACCGCCUAGAUGGGAAAACAAAGGGAAUUGAACCCAGUCCUGCUCCUCUAACUGCGAACGACAUCAAAAGAGGUAUUCCAAACUAUGACUUUAAAGUCGGCCGGAUCACCUUCAUCAGAAACUCCAGGCCUCAGCCCAGGAGAAACGUAGAAGACGAUGACGCCAUGAACAGAUUUAUCGCCUUUUCUGGACAAGGACAGUCAUUGCGGAAGAAGGGCAGAAAGCCUUGAAUUACUUGAAAUGGAUAUUUGGCUUAUGUGACCCCAUCAACAGCAAAGUUUAAAAAGACAAAAAAAAAACAAAAAAAACACUGAUCUGAAGAAACUCUCGCCUCUUUGUGUGUUAUAUUUGAACUCAAUCAUAUUUCAAAAACGAGCUCUGAUCGUAAGACUUUUGCUCAAACAUGCUGCACUGGUUCUCGGUUAUAAUUUGUAUUCACAGGGUCAUUUAAUUGAGCCAGCCUCAACAGCUAACAUCAGCAUAAUAAAUAGCUUCAGGAUUAUUACUGGAAUUAUGAGUUAUUUUCUUUCUGUCCACCAUUUGCCAGAAUUAUUUUUUGACCAAAUAUUGCACCUAAAGUAUACAGUUUCCAGAAUCCCCAUUGUAGUUCAAACAGUGGGACCAAUAACUUUAUUUUAAAUUUUCAUAAGAACUAUUUUAUGUUUGAAUUAUUUUGUUUUUUUCCCCUCAGUUAUAGUUUGCUUACAUUCUUUCCUGGUUUAUUUAUAGACAAAUAAAGGAUUAUUUUGA